AUGCGCCGCUCUAGCGACAUACAAGUCGGAGCGAGCGGGCCGAACCACCUUUGCCUGACACUACAAACAUACCGCUCGCUCCUAAUGUUGAAAACUUUUCCGUCGAAUUUCGGAAAUCGUUGCGUAGAGGUCGCGGUUCGCGGCCACAGAGGGGCGGCACGCGUCGUGAUCGGAGCACGAGUGCGGUGCACAGAGCAGCGCGAGUCACACAAGCACAAGCGGAGUCGGCGGGCGACUGACGGGAGGCAAGUGGCGCGGCGCGGGGACUGCCACUGCGCGCGCACCCCUCGGCCCGCGUUGGCCCCGCGCUCUACCUCACCCCGCGUCCGACGCCAGCCGGCCGCCUUAUCACGCCGCACGUCGCGCCGCUUCCUUUCUCCUCAUGCAGUUGCGAGCUUUUCGCCACUGCCACACUUCCGCCCGCCCCGGCAAAAUGUAUAG